UAUGCCGGUGUUAUCCUUCCGCCUGGGCUGAUGCAGAGUGAAGAAUACAUUUUACUGAGCAGAAUAAGAAAGCUACAAAUGAAAAUGCUCGUUGUGAGAACUGUACAUUAUUUCCUCAUCUUCCUGUAGCUGCGGGGACUGGAGUCCCAGAGUGCAAGAAUACUUGAGGUCCAAGAUGACGAAGCCCAGCAUGAAAAUGCAAAGUGUCACCGACUGGCACCUGUAAAGGGUUAAAAUGAGAGCAUGGUUUUGAAGAGAACUGAAGGAUAAACUGUAGCAUGAUCAAAACAAAUGAACCAGAAAGUAAAUAUGGAUAUAUUUUCAGAUCUGCAUUAUAAACUGAUUUUUAGCCAUGGAACAUGAAACUUCCCAGUACAUGCUGAGAGACAGCGAGAAAAUUCCAGGUCUUUGCAGUUAUGGUCUUUUCAGCAAUGCUUACACCUGCCCAUCCUGUUACAUCUUCUAAUGCUCACAUUGUCUACGAGAAUGGCUACUUAAGCCUAACCACUCCUCAGCCUUUAUUUCGAGGAAGCUUGGAUCUCCCACCAAAAUACAAUCCAGUUGCCAUGACCACAACUGAGCUUACUACUUUACAAGUGAACACGUCUACAAGUCAUCCAACAAAAGAUGUGACCGAGACCUUGAGCUUACCCCUGCAGAUCAUUCUUUCUGCAAUCAUGAUAGUUAUACUUUUAUUGUCCUUUUUGGGAAACUUUGUGGUAUGUCUAAUGGUUUACCAAAAAGCCGCUAUGCGUUCUGCUAUUAACAUUUUGCUAGCAAGCCUGGCAUGUGCUGACAUGUUCCUUUCUAUAUUGAACAUGCCUUUUGCUUUGAUAACCAUUAUCACUUCAGAGUGGAUAUUUGGGGAUGUCUUCUGCAGAGUAUCUGCCAUGUUCUUCUGGUUGUUUGUAAUACAAGGUGUUGCUAUCUUGCUUAUUAUCAGCAUAGACAGAUUUCUCAUCAUUGUGCUUAAACAAGACAAAUUAAAUCCUUACCGUGCAAAGAUACUCAUCGUUAUUUCAUGGGCAUCAUCUUUUUGUAUAGCUUUUCCUCUUGCUGUUGGAAACCCACGCUUACAAGUACCAUCUAGAGCACCCCAAUGUGUCUUUGGAUACACCACAAAUACUGGAUACCAGGCUUAUGUGAUAUUAGUUGUAUUAAUUGUUUUUUUCAUCCCUUUUAUGGUGAUGCUUUAUGCCUUUAUGGGCAUAUUGAACACAAUGCGCCAUAAUGCUGUUCGUAUACAUAGCCAUCCGGACAGCAUAUGUCUCAGUCAGGCAAGCAAGUUAGGUCUUAUGAGCCUUCAGAAGCCUUUUCAAAUGAAUAUUGAUAUCAGCUUUAAAACCCGUGCCUUCACUACCAUUUUAGUUUUGUUUAUUGUCUUCAUAAUCUGCUGGGCACCUUUCACGACUUACAGCCUUGUUGCAACAUUUAACAGUCAAUUCUACAACAAGCACAAUUUCUUUGAGAUAAGUACGUGGCUGCUUUGGCUGUGCUACCUCAAAUCUGCACUAAACCCACUAAUCUACUACUGGAGGAUAAAGAAAUUCCGAGAUGCUUGCUUAGAUCUCAUGCCCAAGUACUUUAAGUUUUUACCACAGUUACCUGGUCACACAAGGAGACGCAUCCGGCCCAGUGCCAUAUAUGUUUGUGGAGAACAUAGAUCUGUAGUGUAAGAAAUAUUUGACAUUGACUGACUGCCAUGAAUCUUAUGUACAUACUAUGUUAAGAAAGUGAUGAAUACAUUUUCUGCCAGAAAGCAAUGUAAAUUCAAACAUGUUACCUCUGGGAUUUAUGGUAAAUCCAUUUAUAAGGAGAACUUUGUCAGGUUUAUGCUUACCAAGCCUGUAGUAUCUAUAAAUGUUACAGGUAUUUUGUAUGCUGCUAAAAUUGGUGGAUGUGUCUUCUCCUGAAACAAAUGUUGCUGCUUUUUGCUGUAAUAGUUGAGCCAAAAAUGUUCUGUAGAUCAGAGAUAAAGGAUAAAUCUUA